ACACUCUCCUCCUUCCCUCUCUAAACUCUCCCCUCCAAACCCCCUCUCCUCUCUCCGUUGGCUUUCCAGCUUAAAGGGUAUUCAAAACGAUCUCUAAACUCUCCCCUCCUUCUUUCUCUAAUUUUCAACACUCUCCUCCUUCCUGACGCGACCUGACCCGACCUGACCCAUCCCUUGUGUGCUGUCUGAGUCAACAUAUUCGCCUGUUCUUCUUUAAUUUGUUGUUUAACCCCUGGUCCAUUCAAAAAGUCUAAGAAAACCCCUGUUUCUGAAUUUUCCAUAGCCAGAUGAACCUCUCGUUCUCAUUUCCUCCUUUUGGAGAAUCAAACAAACGCUAAUUUUUCUCCUUCCAUAACCAAGUCGAGUUUGGUUUGGAAUGACCAAAAGGCUCGAUGAGGGUAGAAACCCUUACUCUGCUCCUUCCCUUGACCAGAUGUCCCUCUGGAUCAAAAAGAUUGAGAGGCUCAAUCAAGGUCGAAACCUGGUUCUGAAUCUUACAUAGCCAGAUUUGCGUCUGGUUCUGAAGGAUCGGAAGUCGCCAUGAAGCAAGGAACGCUAACUCUGGUCCUUGUCAACCUGGCUAGUAUCAUGGAGCGGGCUGAUGAAGCCCUGCUUCCAGGUGUGUAUAGAGAAGUAGGCUUGGCUCUUCACACUUCGCCCACGGGUCUGGGAUCGCUGACUCUUUUUCGAUCCAUUGUUCAGGCUUCCUGUUAUCCUAUUGCUGCUUACUUAGCUGUUCAUCACAAUCGAGCUCAUGUGAUAGCCCUUGGUGCUUUUCUCUGGGCUAUUGCUACCUUUCUUGUGGGAAUCUCUUCCACUUUUCUUGAGGUAGCGAUCUCCAGAGCCUUGAAUGGAAUUGGGCUGGCAAUAGUGACCCCUGCCAUACAAUCCCUUGUUGCCGACUCGACAGAUGAAAGCAACCGAGGGAUAGCAUUUGGUUGGCUCCAGCUCACAGGCAACAUCGGCUCCAUAGUUGGAGGCCUUUUCUCUGUCCUAUUAGCCUCCACCACAGUAAUGGGGAUCCCUGGUUGGAGAAUGUCAUUUCAUUUAGUUGCCGCUGUGAGCGUUAUAGUAGGAAUAUUAGUUCGACUCUAUGCAAAUGAUCCACGCUGGUCCGAAGAAGUUAUCAAAGGAAACAGCCCCCGUUCACAUGCACCCUUUUGGUCAGAUGUAAAAGCACUCAUAAAAGAAGCAAAGGAGGUUAUGAAAAUCCCUUCUUUUCAGAUAAUUGUGGCUCAGGGUGUGACCGGUUCAUUUCCAUGGUCAGCAUUAUCAUUUGCUCCAAUGUGGUUGGAGCUUAUUGGUUUCUCUCACAAAGGGACAGCUUUCCUUAUGGGCUUGUUUGUUGUGGCUGGUUCAUUAGGGGGACUCUUUGGAGGGAGAAUGGGGGAUCUUUUGGCCAAGCGUCUUCCUAAUUCUGGGAGAAUAAUUUUAGCGCAGAUAAGCACGGGUUCAGCCAUUCCGUUAGCAGCGGUUUUGAUGCUCAUGUUACCUGAUGACCCCUCCACUGGUUUCAUGCACGGCUUGAUGCUGUUUAUUACAGGGUUCUGCAUAUCUUGGAAUGCGCCUGCUACCAACAACCCCAUAUUUGCAGAGAUCGUACCAGAAAGAUCACGAACAAGCGUCUAUGCGUUGGAUCGGUCAUUUGAGUCCAUACUGUCAUCCUUUGCUCCUGCAGUAGUGGGACUUCUCUCGGAGCAGGUUUACGGGUACAAACCAGUCCCGAAAGGAUCAAAUGAGGCAGUUGAGAUUGAAACCGACAGAGAAAAUGCCGCUUCUUUGGCCAAAGCUUUAUACGCAGCCAUAGGUGUCCCUAUGUCUCUCUGCUGGCUAAUCUUUUGCUUCCUCUACUGCACGUACCCAAGAGAUAGAGAGAGGGCAAGGUUUCAAGCUUUCAUAGAAGCCGAGUUGCAAAACAUGGAGGCAGAAGAGCGUUCCCCAUCUGGGGAGUAUUCCCAAGUUCAUAUAUUUGAAUCGGAUGAGUUUGAAGGAAAAGAAAGGGCAAGAAGUGGAGAGAUUGGUCAUGUUUUUGAAAAUUAUGAGGCUGAUGAUAGUGAUAAGAAGAAACUCCUUUCAAACUCUGAAACAUCAUCAUGACAAUCAAUUCACAUGUGAACUUCAUCCAAUUGAUAUCCCUAGUCUCUAUCUCAAGUGGCAAGUGUUUGCUCGGUGACAGGUUGAUAUCAGUAUUCAGCCAUACCUGCUCAAGAAAAGGAGCUUGGGUUUUGAUGGCUUAUUCUGCAGGAUUGCUAGUGAUUCUCUUGGAAACUGUCUGGUCCCUUUGUGAGGUUGUUCUGUCCAUUUAGAGGGGAGUGCACAAUGACUGCUGCUGAUUGUCUUGGUGAGAACUUCUUGUUAGGCUACAAAGAAGGAAAUGGAUUUUGAUAUUUAUCCUUUCUCAAUUGGUCUAUUCCUGUGGUUGUUGUGCAUUUUGCUAUCUCAUGUUUAGUGAAUAGAGGAAUAUCCAGGUGCAUUUUUGGCCUUUUCCACGUGUUAUUAACUACAAUUUAUGUUGUACUUUUGGAGUGGAAAUAGUAUUGUAAGAGUUGCUGCAUUUGCAAGGGCGUGUUGUUUGUAUGGGAAUCAUUGCACUCGUGUUAAUUCAUCCAUUUGACUUAUCAGCUUUCGAAAAUUGCUUCUUCAAUGCUUGCGACUGCCAUCAGAUUUAACGGAAAAAUAAUUCUGUUGAGUAUCAGAAGCUGCCUCUGGUUGGAAAACCACCAGCCAGGUGUAUAUUUUGGAGAUGGAGUUUACUUAAAGUGAAGGAUUAUAGGAUGCCCAAGAACUUUUGAUUUGGUGAUUUGGGUUUUAAUGAACAAUAGAUCAAGCCACAUGGGAUAUGGGAAGUAUCACUAAAAGCUUCUUAUGGUGGUUCCCUGGUGGUAGUGCAGAGACCUGAAGCGAUUCAUGAGUAUGCUUGUUGAGCAUUGCUAUUGCUAGAGCCCAAACAUUAAAUUAAUUGCCUCAUACAGCUCAAGCUUCAUUUUGGCGGUGAACUUGGACAAUUCACUGUUGAGCAUGGUUCAUGGUUUUGGUUCUUGACUGAAACCGAUUGUUGAAUAUUGAAACAGUCUACUCCUUCAGCUGGAUUUCAUAUGUUGCCCGUGGGCUGGUAUCUCCCUAAUUUCAUGAGUGUCCAAUCCCAGUGGCCCCUUAUCUUAAUGCAUACCUCCUAGUUCAUGUUGUCCUAUAUGUAUUCAUAGGAAGCCAGAAAUUUUCUGCAGCUGCUCUUUCUCUCUCUCUCUCUGCCCUUCACCUCCGCCCCUUUGGCUGAAGGACCAGCUACCGCAGGACCAGCCUCUUCUCUGAGUCUGUCUCUACGUCUCUCUCUCUGGUUGAAUAAGAGACCAGCUACGGCAGGAUAUUUUCGCCACACAAGCCAAGUUUUUAUUUUAUAAGAACCUUGAGUAACAAAAAUGGGGAAAAAAAGUGGAAAAGAGGGGGAACUAGAAUUAGAUGUACGCAAUGGUGUCAACGUUCCAUUCUCCCGUUCAUACAGAAAUAUGGCUCCUUUUUAAUGAUAUUGUUCUUGGGUUUGUUAAUAUGGUAUCAAUCUUCAAGAAAAGGCUGAUGCUGCCGCCUAGGCAGGCAGCCAGAUACCUAGGCAGCCCUAAGGGAAAGGGGUUGAGUAGGAGCCAUCUAUUGUUGUGUGUGUGUUGUGAAUGUAUGUGUUUGUGUGUUUAGUAUGUUUAUGUGCAUGCGCACAUAUGUGUGUAUGAGGUCUUGUAUGAAAUUAUUAAAGAUCAUCAUUUUUUUUUC